AGUCAUGUACUGGACAAAAGUCACGCUAUAGAGUGUCGUGUUGCGUAGUAGAGUGUCGAGGUGCAAUAUAGAUCCCAAGGUCGCGAGGCGUAGUAUAGGUGGACGCGAGGCGAAAUAGAGAGUCGCGAGGCGUAAUAGUGAGACGCGUAUGUAAUAAUAGAGAGAUGCGAGGCGUAAUAGAAGGACGCGAUGCGUAACAGAAGGACGCGUUGCGUGAUGGAAAGACGCGCAAACAAGGGCGACGCGGCGUGUAGGAAGAGGGGACGCGUACUUUCGCGCCAUUUGCCUUGGUUACCCGUGAAUAAAUUUCGAAUUUUUUCAAUUGACUGGCAAAUUAAUCAAGACAAAACACGAAAGAAAAAGUAAGUUUUUGUAGCAGCUGGGCUGACCGUUCUCUCUGAUUUUUUCUCUCCUGUUUUUUUAAUUUCUGCUGUAUUAUAGUUAUAUUCUGAUAAAUUGUGAGAAGUUGCUAAUUCAUAAGUAUGUGUAGUAGUGAAGGGAAGCAAUGUAGGGCAACGACGACAUUUGUCAACACAGGUAUAGCUGGCACCCCCCCCCCCCUCCUCAUAUAUAUUUUCUCAUUAAAAUUUGUAAUGGGCUAGCUAUACUAUUGCUAUAAAUAAUGGAUUAUAUUAUUUGCCCUAGCAACUUUUACUUCCUUUUUUCCUUCCCUUGUAUACACCACCAAUCAACCCCCCUCCCCCUGCAACGAGGAGGGUGCCGAUAAGCCGAAAAAUGUUAUUACACUGCUUGCAUGCUAUUCUGUUAUAAGCAAUGUGCUGUUUUUGUAUUAAUAUUGUGUUUUGUAUCACCAUGUGAUUACAAUGUUUUGAUAGGUAAACAGGGCAGCUUAUAAAACAGAACGUAGGACUACGACUGGUAGUUAAAUGGAACUGUGCGGUGCAUAUGCAUGUGUACAACAACACUGUCAACAGGUGUAUUGUAAUGAUGGCAAAUUUCUCAAGUUUUGGUUUUCUUCAAGUGACACUGCACCCAUUUUCAAGAAUUUUAAAUAAUGCAGCAAAUAUGUACAAUGUUCUUAUUCGAUUUUCCUUUAAGGAUAUUCUUAAGACAUUUUUAAAUUUUUGUCUUACUAUCGUGAAUAUUUAUCGGCAUGGUUGUAAUUUUCAAAACUUUCAAGCUAAAUUGUAUGUGAUGUUUUAGGAAUUAAAAAUUGAUUCAGCAUGCAGAAAGUGAAAGACGCUAUAGACAGACUGAAUAAUGCAUUGGAUGGUCUGUCAUCAUCAACAACAAGUACUCAAAAUAAUCCAAAUCAGAACAUCUUCCAGAGUCCAAACUCACAUCCAAGUCCAAACUUACAUCCAAGUCCACAACAUCAGAGAAUUCUACAAGAUUUCAAUAAGCAAUUUCCAGCGUUGAAUGCUGGUGGUAGCCGAUAUCGCCCACAAGCAAAGAAACCACGUCUCUCUAAUAACUUCAUUAAGGACACAUGGACCCAUAAAUUCUGUGCACUGAGCUACAAAGAUACAUCAGUUUCACCUAAUACACGUGAAUUAAUGGAGCUAAACCAAGUUGGUCUCGGAAUUGAAAAAGUUGUUUUUCCUUCCAAAACUGGAACACAUGCUAUGCUUCUGGAAGAGUUAACAAAAGCUUAUCCAAAAUUAUCAUCACAGAGUGGUGGCAUUGAACUUCUGAGGGCUGAGAGUGGUGGAAUAAACCGACCAUUGGUGUUGAUACCACCAAGAAAAGAUGGUUAUUCUAUCAGCUAUUUAAAAAAUUUAGUACCCGGUCACGCUGUAAUAUACAUCAGACCAGUGCAGAGCGACUUACCAAUGGAGGAACCAACUAUGGAUUCAGGUAUUGAAGUUAACUGUGUACGAUGUAAUCAGAAAUAUCCGUUAAAUGAUUUAAGAUUCCAUCAAGCUUAUUGUCAACUUGAUGAUGACAUUUUUCCAGAGAUGAUAGACGAUGAAGCUGGGCCAUCGAAUGAAAAAGAAGUAGGAAGUACUUCUCCCCAUAUCGAUACUUUGUCGGCAAUGUUUCCUCGAAUCUCUAAAGCCACAAUUCAGGACAUUUUACGGAAUACCAAAUCUAUCGAUGUGGCAGCCAAUAUUUUGAGUGAGAAAAGUGCAAGUGAAAAUAUGUCUGACAUGCUGCAAAUUAAAUGUGUAGAUAAGGACAUGUCUUUAAAAGAAAUUCUCAAUCAAAUUACAUCUCUUGCUUCAGAAAAUGAUACAAUCACUUUGGAAAUUGAACGUGACAAUCUUUGGAUGGAAUCCUUGAGAUUUUACAAAAGGAACCUUGUGAAUUCUCAAGUUAUGACCAAAAAAUUGAUCAUUGAGUUUAAAGGAGAGGACGGCCUUGAUGGUGGGGCAAUGAAAACCGAAUAUUUCAACCUUUUGUUAGAAGAAGUUAAAAAUCGUCUAUUUGAAGGUGAAAAUAACAGUUUGUUGCCUGUGAAAGACAUCACAAAAGCUGUGCUUUUCAAAGUUGCUGGUAUGAUUAUCGUACAUUCAUUGAUUGCUGGUGUUGACACCGGCUUCCCAGUAUUAGCAAAACCAUACUUUUUACACAUGUGUGGUAGAGAUACCGACAGUUUGAUUGAAAGUUUGAAUAAAAGCCACAUACCAGCAAAUGCAACAACUGAAAAUUUGAUUGAAUUGAUUGAAUCACUUGAUCAAUGUAAAACAAAGGACGAUAUAGACAAACUGCUUUACAAGGACAAUCAGAAGCAAGAUGUGUUUUGGUCACUUAUUAAUUCUGCGCAUUGGCCUGCCGACAAGAAUAUUAACAAAGAAAAUGUCCCAUUACUGGUUCAACAACUCAUUUUGAAUGAUGUGAUAUUGUCACGCCGAAACUCUUCAGACAUGUUAUUCGAAGGUUUGAGCUCGUGCAAUUUCUUGAAUACGAUUCGGUGUCAUUGGAAAGUUAUGGAUCAAAUAUUUUGUGCUGGUUAUCGCAUGAUUGAGAGUAAAGAAUUUAUCAAAUGUUUUAGUUUUGACGAACCAACUUCCUUCGUGGAGACACAGGCAAAGAAAUUUUUUCUGUCGUUUAUUGAAAAAAGUGACAGUAUGACAUUGAGUAAAGUACUUGCCUUCUGUACUAGUCAUACAGUUGUUCCACUGGAUGGUAUGAAAAAUGAAAUCAGAGUGAAAUACAUGUCGGAUGAUGAAAAAAACAGUAUGUGCAAAUCCUCUGCAUGUUUAAAAAUAAUCUACCUACCUACAGUUCAUUCUGUAGAAAAGGCGUUUCACAAUAUGUUGGCAACAGCUUUAGCAUGUGAAUCAAAGGGAUUCGCAAAUCCAUGAUAAUUGUAAAUUUUUAGGGGCACUAACGAGUUUAUUUUUUUCCUUCAAGGUGAUCGAUUUUUAGCUUAUGUUGUCAUUGUUCUUAUUAUGUUGUCAUUGAGAAAAAAUGCCGAUUUUUUUUCUUUUUCUUCCAAAAUAUGCCUCACUUCUAUAAAACUGAUUUUUUUUCUGGUGGGGGGGAAUAUAAAAAUCCUGUCAGUCCUAUGCAAGAAUUCUUCCAGUGAUGAACAUACUUUUAAUGAUCAGAUUUAUUAUGAUUAGUCUCGAAUUUAUGACUGACUUGUACGCUCCUUGAAGUCUAUAUAUACUGCACAUGCAUUUAUAAGUUCGUCUUUUUGUUGUUCUAUUUUGUUUGUUUUCUAACUUUUAUAUGGAAAAGAUGUAUGGUUAUAGUCGUGAUCAAGUUACGCAUUGCAUUAUCAUUCAGCUGUGCUAACCAAGAAGAUAUUUUUCUUUUCUUUUUAUUUCACAAGGGUUAUGUUUGUUAUUUUGUUCUUUAUGUGAAAAAAUGUUCUACUUAUAUACGGUCGACUCACUCAGAGAAAGUUAUUUAAAAACAGAACUGUUAUCGUUAAGUAACUUUUAAACAUAUUUCGAACAUUUUGGAGGGAAUUUCGUCUGGCAUUUUUAGGAUUUAUUGUAUGAUUAAACAAACAAGUGGUUUUGUUGACAUUUCGUGUACUUAUGCAGUACUUUUAUUUUUCAGAAUAUAACAUGAAUAUACAACAAUUGA